AAAUAACCAUGCUAGUCAAGACUAACAUUUCUCCUACAUUGGAGAAGACGAGAAGUCAAGAGAGUACUUCCAGCACAAGUGAUGCUGAUCUAGGUGAGGCAAAGAAGAGCUUGUCCUCUUUUUGUUGCCAAGAGGACUUUAUUAAAUUUCAUCCGUCCUCCUCUUGAUUCAGUAAGAGCAAAAUUUCUAAAUCUCAAGUUAAAGACUUUGGUCAUUUUAAGAAUGGCGAGCCUGAAAAAUCUUCCAAAUCAUGUUUGGAUACUUUGGGCAAAGCUUACGAGGAGUCUCAGUCAAAGGUGCUAAAGAACCCUGAUCUUGAGAUCGAAGACACAGCUUACAAUAUUGAUGAUAAUGAGUCGUAUGAUUACAUACCCAAUUCAGACCAUUCUUUUAUCGACGAGGCUAGUUUUGAAGCUGUUGAGCAAAAGACUGAAAAGGCAGAACAUGGUUCAAAAGAGCAAAAUGAAGAUGGAAUGAAACCUGAUGUUGAGAUGGAAUGAGCAAGUAUAUCCGAAGCUCCAACCGUUGAGCACAUACUAGCCCCACCGCCUUCAGAAGUACAGCAACAAGUCCUUCCAAAAUUAGAGAUUAUGAGUAGCCCACUUAUUUCUCCACAAAAAGUGACUCUGCCAAGCCCUUGACCUAAGUUUUAAGGAUGUUGAAAUGAAAGAAGAAAUUCCUGAAAUUUGAGAUGAGUUCAAAAACAAGCUUAAACAGGAGCCUAAAGAAGAGAUUAAGAACCAGCCAAAGCUGUUGCUUAAAGAAGAGCUUAAGGUGCAACUAAAAGAGGAGAAACGCGAAGAACUGAAAGCAAUGCUCAGGCUCUCAAUAAACCCAUUUAAAACAAAAGUAGUCUCCGUGUUGGAUGAAUUCUAUGAAUAUUUAGACCGAAAUAACCUUGCUGAUUGCCGGACCACUCAUUAUUUGCAUAACCAGGAGAGGAAGGAAACUGGCUCAGAUUGUGACGAGGAUAACUCAGAUAAGCACAAAAUGCAGACCGAAGGAGAACUCCCAAUCAUUCAAAAUAAUACAUUUGGCAUGAAACUUAAAGAUAUGUUCGAACGCAUCGAGGGUAAUGGCAAGUUAGCUUCAAUCUCUGACAUUGCAAGGAACGAGCUCAAGGGGCUUAAUCCUGACAAAGACAAAGAGGAUUAUUAUGCAGCUGAUGACUUGUUUAUCAAUAAUGAUGAGGAGGAAGAAGAUUCUGAUUCUGAAUCCAGUCAUGACGAAUGCGAUCGUAAAUUUUAUAAAUCGUUCAGGUUCGUCCCAACUCGCAAGUUAAAGAAAUAUGCCAACAAGAUAAAUAGAAGGAAGGCUGCCAGAAAAAUCAUAAAAAAUGAAGAAAUUCUAGAAAAGUGAAACAAAGUCGAGGAGUUAAGGAAGAAUAAAGCUUGUGACUCAACAAAUGAAAUGUUAGGAUCAUGCCCAUCCCUUCUUAUUUUGCAAGAGAUCGUUGACAAAGUCAUGGUGAGUAAGAACCUGCGAUUCAAACAUUGGAAGGACAACUUUCCCAAUAUUUUGACCUUUUUCACCAAGAUGUUUGAAGAAUCUGAUAAAGCGAAGAUCAUGGAAUAUCUGUAUCUUUUCAGGGAUAAAAUAAAGGAAAGGAAUAAGCUCAGAAGCAUGUUUGAGGCAUUAAGGAAGGAAAUCAAGAACUCCUCUGCUCAGGUGAACCAACUCAAUUUGAAAUCUUCUACUGAAAUUUUUGAAGAAAUAUUGAAGAACCAGAAAUUACAGGAAAUCUUUCCCAAAAUAGGCAAGGCUAUUAAAGAAAGCUUCACUAUAUGCUACAAGAUCACUAAGUAUAAGUUUGGGGAACACUACAGAAGCCAUCACUCUAUUAACACUCAAUAUGUCGAUAAGAAUCUGACUUAUAUUCAGAACCAGAAGCUUAAAGACUUAGAUAAGAAUCUGUGCACUUAUUUACUCAAGAGAUUUAAUGACAUUUAUGACUUGUUUGCUAAGGAUAGCAUCUUUACUUACCCUGAAGAUGCUAAGUCAGAUGAGAGCGCCUUUAAGAAAUCCCUGAUGCAAUGCCUCAGAGCCUACAUGGAGAAACCUAUCGGGUACAGGAUUUAUAGUCACAAUUACGACGUAGAGAAAGCUAAAUAA